AUCAGACAGCGAACUAGUCUAAAAUCAGUCACCUGUCGUUAUAAUAAAAUCUAAGCACAAAAACACGCAUAGCUCCCUAUUUACAGAUUAAUAUCUGUCAGAUCUGCUUAGAGUUAGUCUGUACCUGGAAGUGAACAGCUGGUAGCUUUAAAGCUAAUGUGAGUCUGUGAACAUCAGUGAUGAGGGAGAUUCAGUCUAACACGGUUAUGAUCAACGAUGAUGUAUUAAUAUAUUCAUUAUAUGAUUAUACUCAAUCAACAAGGAGACCAGGUUAAUUUUACAAUUUCAGAUUUAUGUAUACUGUAUGAACAUGUCACACAAACAGUGUGCCUCUCUGAAUUUAAUUCUAAAAGAAACCUUUGAUCUGUCAGUUUGGGCAUUAAAAUCAUGUUUAUCAAUUAUAGCUUGGUUACAGUACUGAUGAAAAUCAAGAAUUGUGUUGGAUGAAUAAAAACGUGAUCUUUUUGGUUUCUGUUUAGAGGCCCACAGUGCAAUAAACAUUGCAUUGAACCUUUAGUCAGCUUGAUCAAAUUGUAUUGCCCUUUUGUCUUGUUUAUAGGUAGGUCUGUAAUUACUUGAAGGAUGUCAUUCUUUCACACAAACAUAUAUGAGGAUACAGACCUUUACAGUCAAUGCUUGUUGACUAGAUAAUUGAAUAAUUCCACAUGAGGGCAUAUAGGAGGCCGUUUUCUUCCUCUCUGACAGUGGGCUUGGUUAGACUUGACAGGCCUUUAGUGUACUGCGGCUCCUUCAGGGUUUUAAAGCCUAAACAUAAUGAGAUUAUUGCUUUCCUCCUGGACAUUUGCUAAUUAAUUAAUCAUCAUCCUUAUUUGAGAGUAGUACACAGCUUAUUUUGUUUGUAGAUUUGUGUACAGGCUUGUAGUUGCUCGAAUAGAAUAUAAAUAACAGUGAAAAAUAUUACACUGUUUAUUCCAUGUUUAUUUCAUCUCACCUGCUGUUGUUUUUUGUGACACUUCAGACAAUGUCACUGGGAGCUAUAGUGGUGUGUUAAUGUGUUGUUAUAUUCAGAACUGUUGCUGUGACCUUUAUUUUGUAUUACACCACUGACGUGCACAGAACGGGAGCAGCAGGGGCCCUCUGAGAAAAGAUUCAUUUUCUUACUUUUGUUUUGAACGAGCUUUUCAGUGGCGUCCCGCCUGCAGCAGUGUCCUUCAAGGAAACAAAAAAUGCAGUUUUGAAUUCGCCCCGGAAGAUCGAAGUGCCGUUACCUCAGACGAGUAACAGGCUUUUAAAGAAAUGUUGUACGCUGCACAGGACCAGGCCCCAUCUAUUGAAGUCACAGAUGAAGACACUGUCAAGAGAUAUUAUGCCAAGUUUGAGGAGAAGUUCUUCCAAACAUGUGAGAAGGAGCUGGCAAAAAUCAACACAUUCUAUUCAGAGAAACUCGCAGAAGCACAGCGGCGUUUCGCCACGCUGCAGAAUGAGUUGCAGUCAUCUUUGGAUGCGCAGCGGGAGAGCAGUCGAGCCCCGGGAUUGCGUCGCCGGCGCACAGUCUUCCACCUGUCUCAGCAGGAGCGCUACAAACAUCGCAAUAUCAAAGACCUGCAGCUGGCCUUCAGCGAGUUCUACCUCAGCCUCAUCCUGUUGCAGAACUACCAGAAUCUAAACUUCACAGGUUUCCGUAAGAUUUUAAAGAAACAUGACAAGAUCUUUGAGACAGCGCGGGGGGCAGACUGGCGUGUGGCCCAUGUGGAAGUAGCUCCGUUUUACACCUGUAAAAAGAUCACUCAGCUCAUCUCUGAAACUGAGGCCCUCGUUACCACAGAGCUGGAAGGGGGAGACAGACAGAAGGCUAUGAAGAGACUGCGAGUGCCCCCACUGGGUGCAGCACAGCCUGCACCAUCAUGGACCACUUUCAGAGUCGGACUAUACUGUGGUGUCUUUGUCGCUUUAACAGUCACUGUCAUCAUCACAGGUGUGGUAAAGCUAGUAACAGGUGGAGAGAAGAAUGUGUGGCCCCUUGUCAGAAUUUAUCGAGGUGGUUUCCUUCUCAUCGAGUUCCUUUUCUUGUUGGGCAUCAACACAUAUGGCUGGAGGCAGGCCGGUGUGAACCACGUCUUAAUAUUUGAGCUCAACCCCCGCAAUAACCUGUCCCACCAACAUCUCUUUGAGAUUGCUGGUUUUCUUGGAGUUCUUUGGUGCGUCAGUAUUCUGUCCUGCCUCUUUGCUAAGGACAUAAAGAUUCCUAUACAAGCAAACCCUCUAGCGCUCUAUGGAUUCUUCUUCUUUUUCCUCAUCAACCCUUUCAAAACCUGCUAUUACAAAUCUCGCUUCUGGCUCCUCAAAUUACUGUUUCGAGUGGUCACAGCUCCAUUUCACAGAGUGGGAUUUGCUGAUUUCUGGCUGGCUGACCAGCUCAACUCUCUAGUAGUAGUUCUGAUGGACCUGGAGUACUUGAUCUGCUUCUACAGUAUGGAACUGAACUGGGCAGAGUCUUACGGGGCGCUUGAGAUUAAAGACGGUGAAGGGAUUUGUCACACAUAUUCAUAUGGAGUACGAGCUGUAAUCCAGUGCUUGCCUGCCUGGUUCCGGUUUGUGCAGUGCCUGAGACGUUACCGGGACACAAAGCGUGCCUUCCCUCACCUCGUCAAUGCUGGCAAAUACUCCACUACUUUUUUCGUGGUCAUCUUUUCUGCACUCUAUAAGACACAUGAAAGUGUACAGGAACAUAAGGUCUUCUUUUACGUGCUCAUUGCCUGCAUGAUUAUUAACUCCUGCUACACCUUAUUGUGGGACCUGAAGAUGGACUGGGGUCUGUUUGACCGUAACGCAAUGGAGAACACCCUCCUCAGAGAGGAGAUCGUAUAUCCUCAGAAAGCUUACUACUACUGUGCCAUAGUUGAGGAUGUAAUCUUGCGCUUUGCCUGGACCAUUCCUCUUUCUCUUGGGGUUGUGUCUACAUACUCGAACAUCUCUGAUAUUUUGGCCACUAUCCUCGCUCCACUGGAGGUAUUCAGACGCUUUGUGUGGAACUUUUUCCGUUUGGAGAAUGAACACCUGAAUAACUGCGGUGAGUUCAGAGCGGUGCGGGACAUUUCAGUAGCGCCUCUGAACGCAGAUGACCAGACGCUGCUGGAGCAGAUGAUGGAUCAGGAGGAUGGAGUGAGGAAUAGAUUUGGAAAGAAGAAUGGGAAGAGGAGCUACAGCAUGUCCUUGAGAAGACCACGCCUCUCCUCCCAGUACGCUAGGUCGAAGAUCAAGGAUACCAAGGUCCUGAUAGAGGACACAGAUGAUGACACCUGACCCGGCGUCCUCAAGGGCUAGAUAAAGUCUUUUUUUAAUAGACUAUAGACCUCAUUGGACCUCAACUCUUCAAAACCUGUACAGUCAAACCAUCACAAAGCUGCCUGACCACACCACACACAUUUCACUGACUCAUACACACAUACAAGCUCACAAUGGAUGCAGCCACCACCUAGUUACUAUAAUAUUUUUGAUUUCUCUGUCAUGGCCUUGAUCAUUUUUUUGAAGAUUCAACGUGGAAGACGAAGACACACACACACACACACACACAAAAGAAAUCAAAGGACAGUGUAUAUAAAUGUCACUUCACAGACUACUUGAAGUGUGACCAUUAAAAUCAUACACUUGACUGUGGAGUCUCUAGACAUGAACAAUUCAUUGCAGCAAUCGUGCUCAAUUGGUUUGAAUACCUUGUGUUUAAAGACUUUUAUGAGGAGGGUAUGAAGACCGUAUUAUAGCAUUCAUGUAGCAGACACCUGGACUGGUUUGCCCUCAUUCAUGAAAAUUUCUAUUAUUUUAUGUAAUUUUAUUAUUAUAAUUUUUUUUUUUUUUUUUUUAAUGUACAUUUCAUUGUUAUUUAUGUGAAGGAGAGAUGCCUUGAAUGUAAUGGCAAGGAUUUACCUUAGACUCUUAACCUCUUCAGACAGGACCUCUGAAUGCUAUCGAACAACCCUCAGGUGGCUUUGAAGAAAGCAAACAGAUUUCAAAUGUCUCAUAAAACUGCAGUGUAGCAUGAAAACUGAAUCUAGCACCGAAACAGAAUUGCAAUCUGUUUGAAUGGCCAGACAGCAACAUUUGCCUCAACCAAUGGUAUUGGUUUUGGGUGUCCAGUCAAAAGCAGAUAGGGAAGUGUUUGAAACUUGCCUGAAAACAAUCACUAUUUUUGAAAUUCUGUUUUGAAUUGCUGAAAUUACACACUGGGGUUCGUUGUGAUAGUUCUGAAAACAUGAACUUUUUUUUUUAGUAUGUGUUAAAGUGCACAGCAAAUGUUACAGUGAAUGUUAUUCACCCGUCACAUUCCUGAAGUAGCAUUCCAUGUCAGUGUUCUGUUUUUUUUGUUUUUUUUUUAGCCAGUGUCUUCCAGGGUCUGACCUAUUUUGCAAAAGCCACCUGAGGGUUAUAGGGAGGAACAAUCUCUUAAUUUUCUUUUCAGUUGAUUCUUUGACCGUGUCACUGGGCCUCAUUCAUGAAACAUAACCACCAAAAAAAUAAUCUGUGUAAGUUGUUUGUGGAACCUUUUUUACGUAAAUUGUCAUUCAAUUCAGUCUGACAAUUUUAUGAAGGAUUGGUUUUUACAGCUGUUUACGGCGAUUGAGAAUUCAGUUCUCAGUCUAUAAGUCUAUUUGUACUUCUGUAAGAACAGCUGUCUCUGCAAAUUCAGCAAGACUUGUGUGCAGCAGGGACAAACAGUGUCUUCGUUCAUGAGGAAAUGGACUAUGAUUGCGAACUCUGUUACAUUCCCUAUAUGAUCACACCCAGAGGAUCCAAGUAAGAUAGGAGGUACUGAAGGCACAUAUUCAUUAACCCUGGGUGGAUUACAGAUGUGUAACUGCCUUCAUGGGAACAUGGAUUCAUACAGAUGCAAUAUUUAAAAGACAACUCACCUGCUCCACCUCACAUACCAUGUCACGUACUACUGUCCGAAGUAAACACUUGGACCAAAAAAAUAAAGAUUUCUCUGUGGAUGUUU